UAGCACAGCUACUAAAUAUCAUUCAGUCAAUACCUUCACAACUAUUUAGAAACUACACCAACAAUAAAACACACAUUACUUCAGACACGCAGACAGCAGGACUCAAAACAAUGUUACAAAACGGGAGAUGUUUUGUAACAGUCUUACAGACCUGGCCAAUGAGAAGAGCUGAGCGGGGCCACGUGGUGGACUUUAUAUAACAUUUUUUUCCCCUUAAGCUCAAUACCUACAGCUGUGCGAUGGAUCUUGUGUAUGUUCAUGAACUAAAUAGGGGGACAAGGGAGACCAAAAUGAAUGAAAUCGUGUCACGUCUUAACAAACUGUUAACACUGGAGUAAGCAUCGUCCUAGCUCCGCGAUGGGCACGGAGAACAUGGAAAGCAAUGUGAUGCUGGAGCUCGCUGCUGAAGCUUUCCAGGCAAGAAACUUUGAGCUGGCUGCGGAGAUCUACGAAUGCCAGCUACGGGAUUUCAGCGACCCUGCUACGCAACUGGAACUGCUCUUGAGGAGGGCAGACGCGCUAGCUUUCGGGGGCAGCUUGAGCGAAGCGUUCGAGAUCUACCAGAAAGCAUCCAAACUCCAGAGGCUGCGACCGGCGCAGCUGGAGAAUCUGACCGAGUGCCUGCUUGGCAGCAUCAGGAGCAAAGAGGGACUGAGCGCUCAUAAGAAUCAACAGGAGCACGGCACUAGCAGCUGCAGCGGCGUGUACGGUGCGUUCACUUGCAGGAUAUGCCUGGGGUUCCUGUACGAGCCGGUCACGCUGCCGUGUGGACACACGUACUGCAGGAUCUGCCUAGAGAGAGAGAAGGAAAGACCGCUGGUCUGCAAGCACUGCAAAGACAGCACGAAGCUCUGGGAUGUGCACGGCUACAGAAUCAACGUGGUUCUCUGCAACCUGUUAGCGAAGUGGUUUCCGUCGCAAGUGCAGGCAGUGAGACUGAGACACGAAGGGAAUGCUUUGUACGCGGAGAAAAACCUGGAAGCGGCGCUGGAAAAGUAUAAUGAAGCAAUACAAUUAGCUCCCAGGGACCAUGUGCUGUUCAGUAACCGAUCACAGAUAAACUCCAGCUUGAAGAACUAUGAAGAUGCACUAAGCGAUGCCGAGGUGGCAUGUAAACUUCAACCGCUUUGGCUAAAGGGACACUUACGGAAAGCACAAGCCCUGACGAUUCUCAGGAAAACAGAGGAAGCUUUAACUGAAUACCUGUUCUGUAUUGCCUUGGAACCAGAAAGCAAGAUGGCAAAAUGUGAAGCACAAAAGCUGCUGAUUGAUCUGUUCUCGCCAGUCCCGGAUAACGUCCAGGAGAGAAUUCCCGACUGCAUGCGUUUACUGUCGCCUCGAGCCAGAUUAAAGGGAAACACCUUGAACACUUUGAGUGAAAGCAGCAGCACACCAAGAUCAUACAAGGACUGUAAGAAGAGAAACGACAGCGCAAUGUCACCGGAGGAAUCACAGUCAUCUUUGUCUGUUGUUGAUGUACCGUGGGCGAAGCCUCCUUGCUGUGAAGACCAGGGCAAAGUCAAGUACUUUUCACAAGAGUAUCGGCCGCCUGCGUUUGACACAAGCUGCCUUCUAAAGAGGAAACACAGCGUGGAGGAGGAAGACAAGGGAGAGAGUUUUGAAAGAUCCUGCAAAUAUAUGAAGCAAGAGACCACAUCCACGGCGCCGAAGACAGCGACAGCCACGUGGUGCUCUGUCCCAAGUGACCUGAUUGACCCCAGUGACCUGGAGUGCUCGUUGUGUAUGAGACUGUUCUAUGAACCUGUGACAACUCCCUGCGGCCACACCUUCUGUAUGAAAUGUCUGGAGCGAUGUCUGGACCACAACUCCCAGUGCCCGCUGUGCAAAGAGAGGCUCUCUGAGUACCUGGCCCAGAGGAAAUACAGCAAGACCCUGCUGAUGGAGGGCCUCAUAGAUCACUACCUGCAGGAGGAGCUCGUGGAGAGGAGGAAAGUUCAUGAGGAGGAAAUCGCUGAUCUGUCCAAUUUGAAUAAGAACGUGCCUAUCUUCGUGUGCACCAUGGCCUUCCCCACUGUACCCUGCCCCCUGCACAUCUUCGAGCCCUGUUACCGGCUCAUGAUUCGGAGAUGCAUGGAGACCGGCACCAAGCAGUUUGGAAUGUGCAUCACUGAUCCCGUCAAAGGGUUUGCAGAUUACGGCUGCAUUCUUGAGAUCAGGAACGUGGAGUUCUUCGCAGACGGCCGCUCUGUGGUCGACACCAUCGGGAAGAGGAGGUUUAAAGUGGUUGAGCAACACCAGCGCGACGGCUACAACACUGCGGAUAUCGAAUACCUGGAGGACAAGAAGGUGGAGGGGGAGGCACAUGCAGAGCUGCUGUCGCUCCAUGACGCAGUGUACAACCAGUCCUUCACGUGGUUCAACUCCCUCAAACCAGAACAGAAGGAGCGGAUCACCGGGCACUUCGGACCAAUGCCGGACAAGGAACCCGAGCCACAGGUCAGCCCCAAUGGUCCCUCCUGGUGCUGGUGGCUACUGGCGGUCCUGCCCUUGGAGGGUCGUGCUCAGCUGCCAUUCCUGGCCAUGACAUCGCUCAGAGAGCGUCUGAUCGGCAUCCGCAGAGUGCUGUCCUUCAUGUCCCGCGGCCGCGCCCGCUGACCGCCCACUGCCGUGUGUUCCUCUUAUUUUACUUUUUUUUUAUGAGACUAAAAUUGUAUCCCUGUACAGCCUUGUGUAAAAAAACUACCAAUGGCAGGAUUCCUGCUGGUUUUAUCAAAUUCUUAAGAAAUGCAAAAAAAAAAAGAGAGAAAUAAAUAAAAGAAACUCUUUCAGUUCUUAUCGCUGGGAUUGGAUACUGAUUAUCUCCACCGUGCUUCCAGUCCGUGUGCUUUAAUAUACAAUGCAAAGCUUUCCGUGUGGAUCUGGGAUCUGUGGUUGUGUUGAGUAGGUUGUGUACUGUGUGUCCAGGCUCUUACUGUACACUGGAACUCAUAGUCCAGCCUCUUACUGUAUAACGGAGCACAGUCUCCCCUUCCUUCUGGAGAGGAUCACUGUCAAACCCCGACCGGGCUUCCUUCUUUUCUUAUUACAGACACAGUAACGUUUUACCAACUCUGUUUAUUCCUGUGUAGCACUAACUGUGUAACCAGCAACUUGUUAGAAGCAGACGCAGCGCUGGUUUUAGACAGGCAGCCUGUAUAGGAAUACUCCUUCUACAGAAACAACUGGCAGAACUCACAGCUGUUUGAAAACACACUGAAUAAUGGAAGUAAAAUCUAUACAGCAUUCAGCCAUUUCCUGCUACCAUCAGUUUAAAAGAAGAAGACAUUAGAAUUGUGUUAACAUAGGUAAUAUAAACAGCAGUACAUUGUAACAGUUAUAAAAGUGGGGCAGACACCUAACAUUGAAACACAUGCGUAUGAAUCACGAUUGAACAGCAGUCAUUUCCAUGCAGUAAUUAAUUCCCUGUAGUAGAAAGGGGGUGAUAGUGGACUGUUUUAACAAAUUCAAUGCAUGUUCUUCAAUAGGUGUCCUUGCUCCUAUUACCUCCUGUUAAAGCUGUGCAGAAUCUCCUUGCUCGGUGUUAUUUGCUUAUGUGCAGUACAGCCACACAGGCUGCCCUUGUAUGUGAGUGGAAUUGCAUGGGCUUCGAAGGCAGCUAGUCUUGUGGAAGCAGUUUACUUCUGCAGCUGUGUCUCAUUACAGAGGAAACAUCGCUACAAUAUACACUUAAAGCACUCCACAUAAAGCAAUGCAUUUGGUCUUGUCUGUAAAUCUGUAUACUUGAAAUAAGUCAAUGAAUGACAGGCCAUUAGUACAGUAUUGCCAUCUGUGGACAGCUUUAUGACAGAAAACCUUUGAUUUCCACUGCUGAUGAUUUAGACUGAAAUGAAAUUUUUCUUUUUUUUUUUUUUUUUAAAUCUUUCAAUCACAUUCCAUAACCAGAUAAAAGAGCAGAGUGCUGGCCAUUGUUGACUUGCUAAACCCAGAGAAACCAGCUGCUGAGCUGGUCUCUUAAACCAGUGCUAUUGUGCAAGGAGAGCUUCUCAGGCACAACACUGAAACCCAUCCUACACCUGCCAGGCACCCUGGGAAACUACUCCUGGCAUGCUCAUGCUUUCUGAAGACAACUGUAAGAGGCUUCUCCCUGUCCACAGUACCUGCUUUGUUUUGCAUUCAGGAGCUGUGAUUCUCCCUAGGUCCUCUCAGUGCUGUCCACAGUACCUGCUUUGUUUUGCAUUCAGGAGCUGCGAUUCUCCCUAGGUCCUCUCAGUGCUGUCCACAGUACCUGCUUUGUUUUGCAUUCAGGAGCUAUGACCGUUCCUUUAGUCCUCACAGGUGCUGAAUUAAAAACGAGAGGGGGUCUGAUCUGUGGAUGUUCAGCAUCGCAAAGUCUCCUUACGGUUUCAUUUUAGGAACUCCUCAUUGACUUCCACCUCGAGUGAUGACAUGCAUUCUGUAUGUUUGUUUGUAGUGCCUUAGUUGUAUUUUUUUUACCAUGUAAUGCCCAGAACUCUGCACACUCAGUUCAAAGGUGUGUUAAAUGUUGUUCCAUUGUUAAUCUACUCUAUAGUCUGUCUUAACUUCAGUUGUUAUUAGAACGGUUGUGUUGUGUUUUCUUAGAUGUAUUUUUAUAUACUGCAUGUACAGUAUAGUCUGUACAUGUAGACCCUGUAUAAUUAGGCAGCAGGCACUGGGUUGGAUUCUUUGUUGACCCUUGGUGUCUUGUUUGUAAAAUUCUAGUACAGUUGCUCCUGCCUCAUAAUCAUGUUUAACUUGUGAACAGAGAUUCUGUGUGUAUCAAACAGAACAGGCGUUAACCCAAACAAACAGAAAUAGGCUGCUGGACUUGUUUAAAUUAUUGCAUCAUUAAAAUCCAAACUUUUUACCUUAAAGUUGCAUCUCAGAUUGUGGUACAGCUGAACUACCUCUAUGAUACAAGCAUUGAGUUCUUCCACAGUAUCUUUAAAUCAAAGGGAAUGGUUUGAUCUGUAUGUAUACUGCAGACGGCUCUGUAUAUUCUGCCUGUGGUUGUGUAUUAUUGUGUAACUGCUGACUCCAGGGUUGAAUGUAUGUAAUGUAUGUAUUACUGGGGUUUCUUGUUCAGUCCUCAUUGAGGCACAGUAACCAGGAGUUCAAUGUGUGUCACACUGUGUGAAAAUGUGCAGCAAAGUAAAAAAAAAA